AUGGUGCUCACCAUUUUGCGACACACCAUUAUCAUCGUGCCAUCUACCACCAGCGACACACUCUACUGCGCCGCAUCGAGUGGUUCGGUCGAACGCACGCUUGAUCUGCUUUCGGGUGGAUUCACUGAAAUCGACCGGCGGUGCGAUGAACAUGGGGUGACGGCUCUCAUGUGUGCCGCCAACAAGGGGUAUCUGCGUAUCGUCAGGGUGCUUCUCCGAUUCGGGGCCGACGUGUCGGUGAGUACUGACGAUGGACACACCGCACUGCACUUCGCCAUCGGUGGUCGAAACCUGGCCGUCACCAAAGCACUCAUCAAGGCCGGUGCCGAAGUCGAAGCGAAGGCCGACUUGGUUCGCAUGGAGUCCGAAGUAGUGCAAGGUCAGACACCCUUGCACCUGGCCGCCGGAGAAGGGUUCUGCGAAGGGAUGGUGGCACUGAUCAACGCCGGUGCGAACGUCGACAGCCGCAUGAGCGACGGGUCAACGGCCAUGUACAUCGCCGCAUGCCUCGGAAACUUGGAAGCGGUAGAGAUUCUCUUUCAGAAAAAGGCAAACCCCCUACUACGCGUCGGCCCAACCCAUCCUCUCGACAUCGCCACGCACGGAGGACACCUGGGAGUUGUACAGGAGCUUGUGCAGCGCUUCGGAAUAGAUGGCUGUGCCGACGAAGGCGCCAUAGGCGCUCUCGAGACCGCCGCAUACGAGAAUCACGAAGCUAUUAUGACGUUCUUGCUCGACGCCGGUGUCAUAGACACAGACGGUACGGCCCUAUGUGAUGCCAUCGAGGGUCGCAACGAGGCGUGUUUGAAGCUGUUGGUGAGCCGACGAGGGGGAAGUGAGCACAUGGUGGAGCGCAAUUACACAAACAUCGACAACGCCCGCGAAAACCCCCUCCUCUGUGCCUUCGGUACGGGACGCGGACAUGCUCCGAGGAUAACGAGGUUCUUGCUUGACCACGGGGCCGAUACCAAGAACAAAGUUCGAUUCGGAAUAGAGGGGUUGGGUGAAAUGAUAGAUGAACCUCUGGUAGCCGCCAAGAUCACUCUGCGGCACGAGCAGACCUACUUCAAAGACGCAGAUGUUGACAGGGUGGACGGGUUAAAGGGAGUCGUCCGUCUCCUUCAACAGGAGGCUGCAGUUCACGCCAACUCCUGGGCGUGGCCGACCGACACCGAUCGUGCCACGAAAAUCGUUCGCAAGCCUAUACGGCCCGGUUCAAGGCCCGAGGUGCUUUUGGCGGCAAUGGGGAGGUGCGUGGAGUGGUGUCAGUAG